UUUAUUUUGUGUUUUCAUUGUGCCAUUAAUGGAGGGAAGCUCAACUUUACAAACUCCAAAAACACAAAUUUACUAGUGAAAAUCAAAUAUCAGUACUAAUCUCAAACCCCCCUUUUUUUUUCUUUUACUUCUGGCGCCAAUUGUUCACCAAACCCUUUUCAAAACAAUUUUUUUUCUUUUGAUUUGAACUUCAUUCUUGAUUUUUCCCCUUUUGUAGUACUGAAAAAAAUGAUGGAAAUGGAAGACAAAGAGAGUACAGAAUCUGGGUCACUCGGUGUUAAUUCGGAGUAUGACUCACCACCACCACCACCGCCACCACCAGUCGCGGCAGCAGCAGCAGCAGCAAAUGGGAGUUUCAACAGUGGGGGUGGUGGGGUAGUGCUAUCCCAAGUGAUGAAUAUGAGUGUAGGAAUGGGAGGAGCAACUGGGGGUGGAGGAGUAGGAGUGGUGGGUAGUGGGGUUAAUGGGGUAGUAGGUAGUGGUGGUGAGAAAAAGAAGAGAGGAAGACCAAGAAAGUAUGAUGCUGAUGGGAAUUUAACACCUCAAUAUAUAAAAGCAGCUGCUGCAGCUGCUGCUAAAGCAGCUGCAAUAGCAGCUGGUGGCAGCGGCGGUGGUGUCGUCGGCGGAGCUGUCACUUCACCUGGUGGUGUUACUGGUGGAGUGACAUCACCGCCGACUGGUUUUACUAUAACGUCGCCACCACUUUCUUCCGGCUAUUCUUCCUCUAAAAGAGGACGUGGAAGACCUACUGGUGCUGGUAACUUGCAAUUAAUUGCUUCUUUAGGUGAACUGUUUGCACAUACAGCUGGAGGAGAUUUUAUGCCACAUGUGGUUACUGUUCAUACUGGAGAGGAUGUGGCAGGAAAGGUUUAUUCUUUUGUGCAGAAGGGUUCAAGAGGGAUCUGUGUUCUGUCUGCAAAUGGUGCUGUUUCGAAUGUUACCAUUCGUCAGCCUGGUUCUUCUGGAGGUCUCUUGACAUAUGAGGGCCGCUUUGAGAUCUUAGCGUUAACUGGGUCAUACACUGUUUCUGAUAACGGUGGCAUGAAAAGUAGGUCCGGUGGAUUAAGUGUGUCACUGGCUGGCCCAGAUGGGCGUGUUAUUGGUGGUGGUAUUGGUGGUUCACUUACGGCUGCAAGCCCCAUCCAAAUGGUGGUUGGAAGUUUCAUGCCAAACGCUUUUAAAACGCACAACAAAAGGAAGCAUCAUCAGAUCGAACCAAGAAUGCCUCCGGUCAUCCACAGCUCUCCAGACCCUGUUUCAAUGAUAAGACCUGUAUCACAAGCACCGCCGGUGAGCAACAUGACUCUAACUCAGACAUCUCAAAUACCAAUCCACAACCACGGGGAAGCCGACAACAGCACGAGCAACAAAGAUAUGCCGAACACCUCUACAGACACCUCUGACUGUAAUGGAUCUGAACCAACAUUCGAGCAGAGAUCAUAUCCCGAUAUUAACGUGUCUAUACCUAUGGAGUAAGCUCGACGUAUUGGACCAAAACUUGACUAUAGUUCUUUUCUGCUUAGCUGAUUCCUUGUUUUGCUCUUCUGUGCUGAUCGUAAUUUUGAGGAAUCAUUAGGACUGCCUUAUUUAGAGACUUUUGAAGUGUUAUGCUGACAUGACUAGAAAGAGGGCUAAUAUAUCUUUUGUUUUUCUGGUUGUUGUAAUGUUUUUAUACAGAUCUUUGUUCUUUACUUCUUUCAAGGAUAUGAUAUGAUAAUUUAGGAAGAGAUGUUGUAUGUCUCAUUCAUGUCAGUAUGAAGUGAAAGGACACUGAUUCAUUUAUGUUGACAAUAUGUUGUUUUUUUGGCCA